AUGCGUGAAGUGGAAGAAGAGCGUCGUAGCAGCACGAUCGCAGUCAACGGCUUGGAAAAGGACAAAAAGGAUCUAGAAGCUUCAAAUGCGCAAACGAUAGAGGAAAAUCGAUAUCUGCUAGAUCAGUUGGAGACGAUGAACAAUAGCGUGUCGAAUGCAGACGCUCAAAUACUUGCGCUUAGUUCCGACCUCGACUCGACUCGCAAAGAGAUGGAGAAGCUCACGAUUCUCGCCGCGCGAGCCGCUGAUCUCGAGGCCGAGCUGCUCAAUAUGGAGCUGGAACAAGCGAGUCUACAAAUCGAAGCUGUGACGAAAGAUGAAGAAAAACACACAGCAAUACAAAGGUGGAAAAGUGCGGAACGAACCAUUGCUAGGUUGUCGGAGCAGAUUGAUCGCAUUGAAAAAGAAACAAGUCAAGAAAGAGGUCAACAUACGGAACUUGUGGCAAGAUUGGAGAGACGAAGAGCGGUAGAGCAAGAACUGGAUCGUGCGGCCGGCAGGCUGAGUGGGGCUGCAGUAUCUGCGACUGGGCCUGAUGAUGGAGACAAGUCUGUUGUCUCAAGUUUUGUUCGGGAAAUUCUCCAAGACAAUGCAAAUCUACAGAUGGGGAUCGUUGAGCUGCGAGAUAUGCUGACCGGAUCCAAUGAAGAGGUGGAGAGCCUGCGAGAACAGAUCCUACAGCACCAGCCGUUGCAAUCUGAAUCGGCCAACGAAGGCUUCCUAGAUUCGGAGCUUGCAAAGAUACCAUCACCAGAGAUACCUGUCCACGUUCACCACCACUACCAUGCAGCUCCGAAAGCAGACAUAAGAAAAGAGAAGGCACCGGCCAUUCGACGACCUAGGAAAAAGAGAUACGUCACAUCUCCUGGAUUUCGAACACCGACCGCUGGUUUUCACACCCCUCGUACACCAGGAUCACCUCAUCUACAGAUGUGUUCAGCGCCCAAUGCCGCCACAAUACUUUCACAUACGUCAGCUACAGUCCCACCCUAUGAUCCGUCUAAUAAAAGAUUCUCUCAGACCUCACUGAACUCGUUCACGAUUGGCCAAUCAUCGACGUACAGCUCUCCGCCAUCUUCUUUCCGCGAGCAGUCCAUCUUCGACACUACAGAAGACGUCUUUGACCAUUCUAGGCCAAUGAGCCCUGCGUCAACUACCAUUGACUCCGCCGACUUUCUCCCAAGGCAUCAAAAACAUGUAUCUGAUACGUCACUAAAAAGCUUUCCGGCUCAAGCCUCGCCGUCCACUUCGCAGUUUCCGCAGAACAUCUCCGCUAUACUUGAAUCUCCACAAGGAAGGGAGAACACAUACGAUAGUCACCCCAAAACUACACGAGACCAAAGUACGAUUCUAGAAGAGCCAGAAGACGAAGAGGCUCUCACUGGGAUCGAAGAUGACCCCAAUGCUAAAAUAAAUCUUGGGCACGGAGAAAAACUAUCGAUGAAGCCCCGACUGCAUCGAGCAUGUUCAGCCGAAAGUGUUCUAUCGAGUCGGGGUGUCGACAUUCCCAAACUACGACGGAAGCGAUCUCAACUAAUCAACAGUCCUCGAGCAUCUCUAGGUGCUUCAUCCCUAUCAGUCGACCCUAUCACAAGUUCAACGUCGGCGAUUGGAAGGACCUCUAAAUCCACAAGGUAUUAUGAUUCUAGCAACUACAACCGGCUUUUACUUGGGCAUGCCACGCUAGGGACGACGGUAAAUCCGUCCGAAGCUGCAACAUCCAAGAAAGGCCUUUCAAAAGCGUUUGGGGGGUGGAUGGUGGGCAAAUGGGGUGCCACGCCCGCUUCUCCGGCUAAAGUCGCUAUCUCGAAGACAGCACAGAAGAAGGCAGUCCCAUCGGAGAAAGACAACGGCAAGGCGAGUGGCCUUGCUAGUGAGUCACCAACGCAGGUCGAAGCUCUGAAAAUCAACAAUACUUUACUCAACGAGGCACUAUGCGAGGGUUGA